AUGUAUCCAACUAUGCUGCCAACUCCGCCACCCUCACCGAUCCCCCACUGCCAUUCUGCCGAGGACCGUUUAGGACUCAUCUUGGCCGACCGGCUGGAACUCACCCGAGUCCUGGGCGUUGGAGCGUAUGGCGUCGUCUAUACUGCCGUGGACAUCCAAACCAACCAGGUCUAUGCCGUCAAGGCACUCAACAAGCAUGGCCUGGAUCCUCGCCAAAUCAAGUUCCAGCAGCGCGAAAUUAAAUUACACCACCUGGCCAGUCAACACCCCAAUGUGGUCUCCCUAGUCCGUAUCCUAGAUUCCGCGGAUUGUACUUUCGUCGUCAUGGAAUAUUGCCCGGAAGGAGACCUGUUCUCCAACAUCACUGACAAGGGAAACUUUGUUGGUAACGAUUACCUGGCCAAGAGCGUGUUCCUUCAGCUUCUGGAUGCCGUACAAUUCUGUCAUUCUAUGGGAAUCUACCACCGUGAUCUCAAGCCCGAGAAUGUCCUAGUCACCGACCAGGGGAUGACCGUCAAGCUUGCCGACUUUGGCCUGGCGACGACAGAUUAUUUCACCUCGGACUUUGGAUGUGGUUCUACAUUUUACAUGUCACCUGGUGAGUGUUUUGAGCUUGCUGUGUUUGUCAAGGCCAUGGCUAACUUUCACCGUCCUUCAGAAUGCCAACAAUCGAACGCUCGCCCUAUGUCCUGCUACAUGUCCGCCGCCAAUGACGUCUGGAGUCUGGGCGUGAUCUUAGUCAAUCUUACCUGCGGUCGCAAUCCAUGGAAGCGUGCAUCGAUGGAGGACUCCACAUUCCAGGCAUACUUCAAGGAUCCAUUCUUCUUGAAAACCAUUCUACCUCUCUCCGACGAAAUGGUUUGUAUCCUAAGUCGCGUCUUCGAGCUCAACCCAAGUAAGCGCAUCUCCGUUCCUGAGCUGCGCCAGCUCAUUCUGGAGUGCCCCCGCUUCACGGAUAAUCCCAUGGCCCAAACCCCCUGGGUGCCGGAGCAUAUCGACUACAUUCUUCCCCAGAUGCCAUUGUUCGUGGGCCCCAUGGAACCCCUACAUGCCCAACCCUCUGGCUCUUCGUCGGAUUCCUCGCAGUAUUCGGCCUUCUCCGAAGCAGCCUCAGAUGAUACCUCCAUUACCGAGGACUACUCGGAUGUGAAUACCAUGUCGCCUGUAAUCUCGGAGAACAUCCCACAUGGCAAGGUUAUGUUCCCCUCCGCCUGUGCGGAGCCAUUUUAUCCUGCGGAUGCUUUCUCCUAUGGGUUCAUCCACCCUAACAUGCAGACGCUCGAGGCCCACGUCUGA